AUGCUCGACUCAUCCUUGCUCAUCUGUGCUAUGGCGGGGGCCAGCUCACCGUGGCUUAAAAUUCUGCCCAAGGCGGGGGCUCCUGUCUCCGUAGAUGCGGAAGAAUCCGACGGUCAUUUGAAUGAAUGGACUAAGGUGGCAACGCCACCUCGGCAUACCCAAGCGACCGUUGCAACCUAUGGGACACUUGAUCAAGCCCUGCCCGAUGUUGAGACCCGGCGAAGCUGCCGAGCUCAGUCCCGGCUCUUCGCGGCCCCACUCGCUGCCGCCGUUUUCAGCAGUCUAUGA